AAGUAUUAUAUAAACAUAUAAUGAAAUAGGAAUCGAAUUUAUCACUUUCUUAAUGUAUAUUUUUAAUCGAGACUAUAUAAAUCGAUAUCGUAAAAAAAAUCUACUUGUGAUAUUUAAAUUUAUAAAAGAAAAUAUAUACGGAAUAACAAAAAAUGAAAGCUUGGAAAGAAUCAGCAAGUUUAAUUUUAGCUGCACGUAAUGGAAAAAAGUUUAAUCGAGCUCUACCACCUGUAGUUUUUCAGUAUAAUUAUAAAUUAUUAUGUUUGAAACGUCAUCGAAAUUCAAGUUUUUAUCCAGAAUCUUAUGUAUUUCCUGGAGGAGCUAUACAUCCAUCUGAUGCUGAUUUAAAAUGGCAUGAAUUGUUUCGUACCUUUGGUUUUGACACCAACAGCUUCAAUUUUCUUAUUCCAAAUACUACUUUACGUCCACAAAUAUUUCAAGCUAAGCCAGACCAAUUACCAAAAGAAAUUUCAUUGCGUAUAACAGCUAUUCGUGAAACUUUUGAAGAAUGUGGUAUUUUACUUUGCAAGCAAGUUAAAAGAGAUGGUAUUCUUUCAAAUUGGGCCAAUACUAUACCAAUUCCUCAAGAAGAUAUACAAGAUUGGCAAACCAAAGUACAUGAAGAUGCUACAGAAUUUUAUAAAAUGUGUGAAAAGUUAAAAUGUUAUCCAGAUUUAUGGUCACUGCACGAAUGGAGUAAUUGGUUAACACCAACACAUUUUAAAAAACGUUUUGAUACAAUUUUUUAUAUUGCUUGUAUGCCAUCGAUGCCAUAUUCCAAUUAUGAAACUACUGAAAUGGAAGAUAUGAAAUGGGAUACACCAAAAGAUCUGUGUUCAACUCCAAAUAUGAUAAUGGCACCACCACAAUACUAUGAAAUUUCAAGAAUAGCCAGAUUUGAGUGUUUGGAAAAUUUAUUAGACUUUGCAAUAGAGAGAAGUAAACGUGGAGUAGAAUUAUAUUUACCGAUCAUUGUAAUGCUACGAGAUGGCAAAUUAUCUGUUUUACCUGGAGACUGUAUGUAUCCUGAAAAUCCAAGUUUAACUGAAAAGUUAAUAAUCGAUAAAACAGAUACAACAAUAGCCGAAUUUGAAGAAAUGUCCCAUGUAAAAAAUAGAAUUGUAAACUUUGAUUUGGAAUUCAGUAAGGUAAUAGUUCAUAAUUUUGAUAGUACAGAAGGCCACAUAGCGCCAAUGCCUUUUGAAAAAGUUUAUAUUAAAUCUUUGGAGAAAAAGUAAUAAUUAUUUCUAAUAAAAAAUAUAUAUAUGUUA